GCGCGUCACCCGCGCUCCGCCCCCCGCUCCUGAUCCCGGCCCGGCGCGGGCAGGCGCGCGCGGCGCAGCCAUGGAGCCGGAGUGCCGGGUGCUCUCCAUCCAGAGCCACGUCGUCCGCGGCUACGUGGGCAACAAGGCGGCCACCUUCCCCCUGCAGGUUUUGGGAUUUGAAGUGGAUACGGUGAACUCUGUCCAGUUUUCAAACCACACAGGCUAUGCCCACUGGAAGGGUCAGGUGUUGAAUUCAGAUGAGCUUCAUGAACUUUAUGAAGGACUGAAGCUGAACAAGGUCAACCAGUACGAUUAUGUGCUCACAGGGUAUACAAGAGACACAUCAUUUCUUGCAAUGGUGGUGGAUAUUGUCCAGGAGUUGAAGCAACAGAAUUCUAACCUCGUGUAUGUGUGUGAUCCAGUGAUGGGUGACAAGUGGAAUGGAGAAGGCUCUAUGUAUGUGCCCAAGGAUCUCCUGCCAGUCUACAGGGACAAAGUUGUACCUGUUGCAGAUAUAAUCACUCCUAACCAGUUUGAAGCUGAGUUACUCACAGGCAGGAAGAUUUACACGGAAAAAGAUGCACUGGAGGUAAUGGAUAUGCUCCAUGCCAUGGGACCAGAGACUGUGGUGAUCACAAGCUCAGAUCUACAGGCACCUCUAGGAAACGACUACCUGAUUGCUCUGGGAAGCCACAGAAAAACUAAAGCAGAUGGUACCAGGAUAACACAGAGAAUUCGAGUGGAGUCUCCCAAAGUGGAUGCUGUCUUUGUUGGAACAGGAGACUUGUUUGCUGCUAUGCUUCUGGCAUGGACACACAAACACCCAAACAAUUUGAAGGUGGCAUGUGAAAAGACUGUGUCAGCCAUGCAGCACGUUCUGCAAAGGACCAUUAAGAGUGCAAAAGUGCAAGCUGGAGAAGGAAACAAACCAAACUCAGCCCAGCUGGAACUGAGAAUGGUCCAAAGCAAAAAGGACAUAGAAAACCCAGAGAUCAUAGUGAAAGCCACCGUGUUAUAAAGGCUCCACGUCUCCAAUAACGCACAAUGUAUCGAUGUCCUCAUUUCUUUCCUGUAAAUUGUAAUAUUUGCCUUAGAUCUGUGACAGAAACCUGACUUUCAUGAAAUAGUGCCCAGCAUAGGCAGAUAUCCACUCUCAAACAUAUGUGCUGGCCUUGCUCAGUUUUAAAACCAGAACAGUUAGUGUGCAUUGAAGCAUAUUGCCAGGUAUCCCAAUGUCUGUCAGAUUCACUUAGUCUGUGUGAUUACCCAGGGCAAGAGAGCAAUGUUCCUGCCUUGCCAAAGACUGUAGAUGUGAAUUUGCUAAUGGAAUGCUUGACUGACUGGAAAAUGUAUUUCAAGAUGGCAUCUAGUGCCAAUGGAGCUGGCUCCAUGCUCCCUUUUCCUGGAGGUACCUGCUUACCUGCCCCCGUACUCAGUAUCUCAGCUGCUAUGAAACAAAGCAGGGUUAAAGCUACACACACAGUUCUGCUUGUGUGUAGGAGUACUUUGAAGAUGUUUGGCAUGUUCAGUACUCUCAAGUGACCUUGAGGUGUCAUUCAUGUUGCUGAUCUCUGCUCCUGUUUCUUCUCCAUGAACAGCUGCACGGUUUCAGUUGUCACAGGUUCUGGCUGCUUAUUUCUCACGUCUGUGGGUGCCCACAUGAUUUUGCUCCAGAAACAUUUUCAUUAAAAUAAUCAUGCCUUUAUUCAGUACCACUGGUUAGAAGGGUGGCCUCUGAGGCCAGGUUUGAUUCUCUUUUAACUAAGGGCAAAAGAGAAAGCAGCUCUUACCCUGGAAGCUGGCUGCCUUGGUUUGUUCAUUGUGGGUGGAUGUGCUUAGGAACUACAUGGGUACCUCACUUAACAGUAGUGAGCACUGCUGGCAGCCUUAGCAAUGAAGCAAUGUGGCAAAAGUAGUGGUUUUGGUUUAGUAAGAUCUGCUCAGUUAACAUGUGUUUACCAAAUGCAGUGAGACAGAAAAAUUAACUUCUUAAUAUCUCUCCAAGCAACAACUAUUGGACAUUACAGAAAUACAUUUUUAUUAUUAUUAAUGCACAAUUCUGCUUGAUAAGGCUUCAGAACAGGAUUUUUAAUCAUUUCAGUAUCCUAGGGAUCAUAGGCACAUACUAAAGCAGCAGGGCAGCUCUGCUGACAGGUAUUGGACACUCACACUUCUGUAGGAUUUCUGUAUGGGAUCCAUGUUCUUGCUUGUCCCAAGAUAAAGUCUAGUGUGAUGUUAAAUCCAGAUCAAGUUGAUGAGCUUUACUUGUCUCAGACUGCAUAAAGGGAUGGAAAUUGCAUUUCUGAUUGAUUUCCUCUCCUGCAUUUGGCAUCAAAAGUGAAAAAAAAAUCACGUUACUUGAGAAUUUAAGGAAAAAAAUCAGCAGGAAUUUAUCUAGAGUAUGGGACUCUACUGCUAGUUUUUAGUAACCACUGUCAUGAAAUAACUUUCUAGCAAUAAUAAUUUUGGUGUUGUGCAAAAUUGCUAAAAUGAGCAGUCAGGAACAGAGAUAUGAGCUCAUGGCUGCUUACCCAACCUGUAAAAAGAUGUGACCCACCGUGUCAGUGUCUGAUGGGAAGCAGUGAAGAGGGAACCAGGCUCUUCCCUGUGGUGCCCAAGGAAGUGAUAAAUAGACAGGAGCACAAAUAGAAAUAGAGGAAAAUCCAUUUAAACAUUAGGAAAAUAUACUUCACUGUGAAGAUGAUCAAACACUAGCACAGCUGCCCAGAGAGGUCGUGGAGUCUCUGUUCUUGGAGAUACUCAGAUGCUGACUGAGCAUGCCCUGAGCACCCUGCUGUCCUCAGCCCUGCUUGCUCAGAGGAUCUCCAGAGUUCCCUUCCAACCUCAGCCAUUCCAAGAUUCUCUGAGCACCCUGAACAACCUUUCUUUGCAGAGCUGCAUUUUUACAUUUUGUUCUCCCUGCAACACAAACUUCCAGAUGGGCUGGAAAAUACUCAUAAUAAUAUUUCCUCCCCCUUUUUAGGUUAGCUGCUGUUUGCUUGGGCAGCUGUGUCAGGAAGACAAUUACCUCUUUUGAGAUACUUGCUUUCAGCAAAGAUAUUUAAAUACUGUAGCUGGUGAUAUGUUUCAACAGUUGAACAUGGAAAGGAUUUUAACUCUCUAACAUUGAUAAACCAAGUGCUGCAUUCCAUAUUCCAAACAUAACUAUGACUUUAUUCAUCUUUUAAAAACAGACAGUUUCAUGUGGAAGUCUAUAAAACCUUCUGCCCUCUUAGGAAGAAGGAAUCAACAUCCUGAACUUCCCUGCCUGUACAGACAAUGGUCAAUGCCCUUUUAGUAAGUGUGAGACAGCACAAUUUUAUUUUGCCAUUAGAAUAAAUAGACUUCACAAGAGGAUUGAGAGAAAGGUAAGGGCUGUUUCCUCUGAAAUAAAGAAGUUUGGAAUUUGGGAAGACAAACACUGCAAACAAGAUUUUAAUUAUAAACCAUGAUGAGCCAUGAUCUUGACAUAAAAGACAAAGUGAUAUGUUUGUUGGAGCAGUUUAUACCUGUCAGGUGUAAUCUUUUCCCACUUCUUCAGAGAAUGGGUCCAUUCAGUAAUUCACACCUUCCUUAGAAUCUGUGACACCCAUGUUAAAAAAGAAUAUUCAUACUAAUGUGCCCAAUUUGCAAAAGUUCCUAUUUCACAGUAGCUGGAUCCUGCAGCAAUGAGCUGCUGCUGCUUGAGUCCCUGAGGGUUGCUCAUGUGAUACCUGUUUUAAACUCCCACUGACCUGAUCUAAAUUAGGUCAGGUUUAUAUCUUCAAUGAAGAAUGAACAUCUCUUGCCAGGAACAACAUGAGAAAUUAGCUGUAAAUAUAUUCUGUAGCUAAUGUUUUGUAGCCACAGCAGGCUAACAGGUAUUUCUGAAUGUCAAGGUACACAUUUGUAUUUGUUUAGAGUUACACAAAGCUCAUGUGCAGAACAAAAUUCAAAGACUCAGCAUAGUCCUGUCUAAUAUUUCAUUCCCUCCUCUCCUCCUGCAUCUUUUCCUGAGUUCCUGCUGUCUGUCUCCUGCAGCUGGAAAGUGUCUCAGUGUCAGACAGUGCCCACUAUUUACUUAGGGGCUUGGAGGAGACUGACCAGCAUUGUCUGAUUCACUUGCAAACCUUUAAUUAAAGAUAAAAGGUCCUAAUUGAUGACAGGAGAACAAGCACUUUAGCCCAGAGAGUGGAGUCUGUAAUAAUGGAUAACCUUCCCUGGCCAUCCUGGGUGCAUAAAAGGUGAAUGCUUUGUGUCCACUCGACUUCCCUCACAUUCUUUCUCCAUUCUGGAAUUAAUUUGGGUCAGAUCCCCUUUUCCUGGGGUGAUUUGCAGUGCCUGUGGUCACUGCUCAAGUCCACCCACUUGUUUUUGGAGCCACCUGUGCAGGAGAGACCAAAAGUUGUUUACAAACCAUCUACUCUGGGCCUGGAUUGAGAUGUGCAUAAAGACAUUGUGCUAAAAUCAGUGCUAUUCACACUCGGUAGAAACACUUCAGAAACCUGCAGUAUGAAUUGUUAAUGUUUGUGUGCUGAUUUUUAUCUCAAGUGGGGAGAAAUCUAUAAUCCAUGUGUUAUACAAAAGAGUUGGAGGACCAAGGUUUCCAGCUACUCAUCCUGCCUUUUGAGUAUUUUAACUGUGUCUUGAUUGGAUGGUGUUAAUUUGUUGUCUGAGACUGUUAUGGUGAUUGUAUUGAUUAAUUUUAUUUUAAAAUAUGUGGCAAGGAAGAUUGUAAUAAAAGCAUCUACCUUUAUUAUACUGUGCACAUACAAAUUGUUAGAUCCUAUUUUUAAAUAUGUUAAUCAUUUCAGAAUUAAACAGCACAAGAAUGAUUUGAUAGUCUUGCUGAAUAAAGUGGAUGUAAUUAAAUGUUUCCUUAGUUAUGUCCUAGGAUAGAGAAAGGGCAGUUAAUGGAAGAGAGCACAUUUGUGACCUGUAAUAAUUUUACUGUCAGAUGUGGACGUGGAAGUGUGUAACAUCCUUGUUGUCUUAUUUUUUUUUUUAAGAGGUUUUAUGGGAAGGAAAUCUCUGGCAUUCUGCACCCCUCCCUUGAGUUCCUCUUACCUUGUAUAUGUAGGACCUCAUUGUGUUGUGCUCUGUUUUCCUCCAAACAAGUUGAGAAGAGGGGCUUGGAGUAAGAACCAUUACUCAUUUUGAGAUGUCUUCCUUGUGCAGUGUUUAACUGCACUCCACUCACUGAAUUUUUACCUUCACUGUGCAGGGUGGAGCACACAGGGAAACAAAUGUUCCUCAUGUGGGAACAAGAGCUUCUGCCAGCACUCAGCAGUGUCCCUGCCAGCGUGGUGGUUUGCAGGAGGAGAGGAGCAGGGAUCCAGGUUAAGGAGAGCAGGAAUUGCUGUGUCAUUCCACUUGUGUCCUGGAGAGGUUUGGUUUGUAUUUACACUGAAGAAAAACACCUCUCCCAAGUAAAGGUUCUUGUCCAGGUGAAGAGUGCUUUUAAAAGCUGAGACAUGUUACAAAUUUUGGUCACUCUGGUACUAAAAUAUUUCUUCAUAAAGGGAAACAUCCCUUGUACAUCCCCUUGCUGCCUUACUGGCUUAUCCACUGUAGUCAUUCCACUCCUGUUGAGAAUCCCAGGAUUAGAUAUCCAGACAGGAGAGCUGUUCUUCCUGAAAGCACAUGUUCUUCAUGUUCCUGGUAAGUGAGAGCCUGCUGAGCAGUUCUGUAGCUUUCUAAAACACCUCCAUUAGAGACAUUUGUCAGCCAUGGAAACUAAGCUUCAAGAUGUUCAACCACAGCCCAAAAAUAGCUCUUUCACAUAAAUGAAAACUCUUGAAAGUGCAUUAUUGUCAAUAAAUGAGUGAACCAGUGAGUUUGUACAUGCAUGCAGGAGCAGAUUUCAGGUAAAUCCCCGAGGUUCAAUCAGCCACUGGAGGAGUGUGCCCUGAGCAAAGGGCUGCUGCUGCCAGGGCACUGCUUCAGGAGAGCCCAGCUAGUUCUCACCAUUUCCCAGAAGGGAGGAAUGUGGUGUGGCAGUCACCAGCCAGGGAAAACUCCCAUCUGCUUCACCAGUGCCAGGUGACAGCCCCAGUGCCACCAGUUUGGUGCUUUUGCUGCUCUGGCAGCAGAGGACCUCGAGGCAGAUGGGAUGCUCCUAAAAUGUGCUCACAUUCCUGACUGAGUGCCUCCACAGGGCAAAUAAUGGUAAUAAAUCCCCCAAAGUGCAGAGCAGAGAACAAGGCAGCACAUUAUUCAGAGAGAGAAAACCAGCAAUAUGAGAAGGCUGUGCCAUAUGUUACCACUGAAAUCACACUUACCUAUUGCCCUCGUGGUUGCAUUGCUGUUUAGAAAAAAAAAAAUUGUGUGUAGAAGAGUGUAAUUUAUGUACUCCGUGUGUGUGUGUUUGUAUGUUGAAGCUUUAUUUGCAAUGUGGUAGGGGUGGGAAACAGAAUUUGGGGGGCUGGCUGAGUAGGCCUUCAGGAUGUGAGCAGAAGGUCUUAAAGAAUUAUAUUUUUAUAGAUUGUGCUGAAGCUUUGGGUCCCAGCCACACAUAGCCUUCUCUUCCAGAGAAAUAAAAUGGUUUGGAAAGAGAGUCACGUGGCUGUAAUAUAGUAGGGAUAGUACAACCCCACCAGCCCUGGACAAACUGAAUAACUUAAUAAAAGAUGCCUUUUUAAGUAUUAUUUUUUUAGUGCUGAAUUGUUAAACAAAGAAAUAUUUAUGAGCAAACUUUCUAUGUACUUAAAGUUUGUGUGGUGCUUUGUACUGACUAGGUGGAACUGUUAUCUGUUUACACAUCUUAAAUGAUUGUCCUUGAGGUGUGUGUAGUAAUUCAACUACUUCUGUGCCAGAAAAACAAUGAAGUUCUGUGUAAUAACAAAUUAUUUCAUUUCUGAUCAAACUGUAGGCUUUCUAGUGUUUGUGUAUUUUUCUGGUUGGCCAUUACAAGUUGUAUCUUUCCUGCAGUAAGGCUUGUAUGCUUGAUUGUAGAGAGAGGCAAUAGGAUGGUAGAUAACCAUUGUUUAAGAAGAAAACCCUAAAUAUUGCUACCUUAUCCACUUUAACAUCAGGUAAGCUUUGUGGCAUAAACCUGAAAUUUUGCAUUGGAAAGAAGUUUCAAAUAUAUCUAGGUUAGGUUAAAAAUUGGGGGUGGGUUUGUUUAUUUAAUUAAAUAAGACAGGGACAAGCCAAGAGAUGGAACAAAAAUUGCUUGUUCCUAUUGGAUGGACCUGACCAAGAUAAUUCAUAGCUUGUGCUAAACCUGUGCACAGACAGCUGAAUGGACAAAUGGGGAAAGUAAAGAUUUUUUUCCUUGUAGUUUGUCAGCUGUAACAGCAUGAAGAAUUUUAGUUGUUUGUUCUGAAUUCAAAUUCAUAAAUGCCUUUCAGGAGAGCUGAGUUAUUGAUAAAAUCCCAUUGAGUCAAAAGGCAAAGCUGUUCACAGGGUUCUAAACCAGAGCAGGAUAUUUUCAUCUUGCUAAGCAAAGUGAGUCUUUGUUUCUUAUGGCUGGGAGACCAGGGCUUAAGGACAACUGUCCAGAUACUGCCCAGGUUUAAUUUUUUUGGUUGAACUUCAGGAUCUCUGUAAAAAGCACAAGGAUCUGCAUCAUAAUGAUUUGGCAAAACUGAGCAUCACUUGUUAUGUUCCUUUUAAUUUAACACAGCAGCAUCCUCACUCUUGUGAAUAAAUCACCACCGCAGAAAGAGGAGAAUUUAUCAUGAGUUUUUCUCCCGAGAGUUCCCAAUUUUUGGAUGUGUUAAAAAAGAAGCACUUCUGCUUUGCUAAGCUAGCAGUAGAAAUGUCACUGAAAUGAAUAAUGUAUUGCUGAGGAGGGAGCUGUGGCAGGGAACAGCAGUGCUGGGGGUUUGUUGUGCCUGGCUUUUCUCUGCGGGCGCAGCGUCCCCGUGGUGGUGGCAGAGGGGCUGUUCUGCCUGCAUCCUGCCCUGGGGGAAAUGUGGAGGAGUUAUUCUGAGCAAGAGGGAGCUGAGGUUGAUGUGGAGCUGUUGGGUUUGUUGGGCAGUGCUGCCCCAAGGCUGGGGUUCCCCACAGCUCUUGGUGCACCCAGCAGCUCCUGGCUUACGGCCCCCUGCUCUCCUGGCCAUGGCAUAAUUCCCUUAGAUUUCUUCUGCAGGCCAUGGAGAACCAAGAGACUCUGCAAGUGCAUUAUUCAGAUGAUUCAGGCUUGGGGUUUAUGCUUUUGAAAAGAAAGACAGAGAAUUACCAGCUGCUGUGGUAGACCUACCUUGUCCAUCUCAGCUACACCGUAAAACUGUGCCCUAACCUUCCUCUCCCAUCUUCUCUGCUGUCCCUGAUUUGCCUGUCCCCAUAACAAGGGACAUGAAGGGGCUAAAAUCAAUGAGGAAUUUAUAUAGUCAAAACUCCUGAAGUUUUAAUCUUCUUUAGUUCCUUGAACCUCCUCGUGCUGGGAACAGAUAAGUGCCCGUGCUGCUGCUGGAGAGGGUCUGGGACAAUGCAGCUGCUCAAAAAUGAGGGAGGGUGGAGUUGCCUCUCCCUGGCAGUGAGGUGCUGGCUGAGCAGAACCUAAUUGCAGAGCUGCUUGGUUAAUGGUAAAGAAAAUAAAUAUUUGUGAGUGAAGUACGUGAAUGAAGAGUUGGUGAUUCAGUUAAUCAGAGUUUGGUGUUCUCAAUCCAUCCCAUCCCCUGUGUCACAAAAAUAUUAUAGUGCUAAAAUAUUUGAUGUGGCUGUUCUUAAUGAUCUGUGUGCUGCUUGUGCCUAGCAGAGCAGGAAAUAGCAGUGAAUAAAUCAGUGCUUUAAAUAGGGAAUAUAAUGGGGAGAUCCAGGUGGAGAAAAUGUCCAGUUUGUUUUCACGGCACUUGAAUGGUGCCAGAGUUGUCCAGGUCUGGCUCUUUUCCUUCCCACUCCCUUUAAGCAAGGAAAAAAUGACAUCAAUAAAUCUAUGAAUAAAUAAGGACAGUUACCUGGGAAUUUUCAUUGACAGAUUGAUAAGACUUUCCUCACCAGAGGGGGGUUUUCAGAGGUGAUCGAGCCUGUCACAGCUGGCUUGGAGCACAGUCCCUGGGACACAGCUGUGACAGAUGCCAUUGGGAUGCCACCUGCAGGCAUUCUCGUCCUGCCUUUGCUACAGCACAUAUUCAUGUGCUAGCUGUGAGUACACGCCUUGGCAGGGAGGAAAUUUGGGUUUCUUGCUGGAGCUGCAGUGAUGGGAGGAAACCCUGGAGAGUUCAGCACCACCCAAUGACCCUGCCUUUGGCUGUCAGUGUUUGUUGGUGCAAUGCAUCCCCUUCCAGUGUUGUUUUCUUUCUGGGAGAUUGGCAGCCCAUACACUGCUUUAACGUGCUUUUAUCUGGCUGAACAUGGAAAUCAAGAUUGUUAAAAAUGGAGGGGAGGGAUAGCUGUGGAUUUGCCUAGGACCUAUGUGAGUAGAGAAACUAUGAGAUUUGUCUCUUAAUUCAGAAAUAAUUCAGUAUUGACCAAAUGAGUGCCAUGUCUUCAACAGGCAGUAGCACCUGGAAGAGGCCAAUAUUUAGGGUUUUUGCCCAAAGCACAUUUAGCCCUGCUCUACUGUUUAGUGAAAACACCCAGUGCAGAUGCCACCAGAGCCUCAUCUCAUGGAGUAGUGCUGUAAUAAAGAAUGUGGUUUUCUUGUGCAAGUCUUGACCUCUUCUUAUGAAAAUAACACACAACUCAGUAUUUUCAUGGUGUAUAAGUGAAAUGUAAUUUUUUUUUUUCAAUAAAAUACAUUUCCUUUCCUAAA